GACUUGCAAUCAAUUUUUUCCAUUACAGUCGACGUCGCUUCUAAGUUUUCUUUCCGCAUUAAACAAAGGAUAGUUGCUUAAACAUUCAAAAAGAAACUGUUAGUUUUUAUGGCAGUAAUUUCUAGUCCAUUCAAACGGCCACGUGCAAAUAUUUUCAGGGGAGGGCAAAAGUGGGCCGAAAGUGAGUUGGUUAACUGCUGCCAUUCAGUAAGCAUCACCCUUCUUGUUUCCAGCUAUAUACCCCAGCUAGUAUUGCUGCCGUGCAUUUGUCUUUGUUGCGCAAUCGACCCCGUUAAAUAAAAUUUACCCCUGCUUUUCAUUUCACCUGUACCUGCACCGAAUCGACCCAGUUUUUCUAAUAUCUUUUGCAAGUGUGUGUUAAGUAUGGCCGCCGAUUCCCUAAGUGCCCGUCUAAAUGUGCGCCAUUGUUACGAUUGAAACCAAAAUAUUGAAAAUUACCGCGGCGUCGUUGGUUGCUAUCUGGAGAAAAAAGCAGACACCGGUUGUUCAUUUUAUUUUUCAAGUAGCCCUAACUGAUUUGACGAGAUUUUUCCUUCCUUUGACGUUGAUACAAAUAAGCAAACUUCCAUAGUAUUUGAAGCGACAGAAUCAAAGGAGUUGCGAGUAUACAUUGCCUGUGCUUUUGAAAGAUUACUUAGCGGUAGCAUUUUUUCUCAAGCUCUGUUCAAAUUCUUACCACGUUUUCCGAUUUUUCUGUUGCGAGUAAAGAUUGAUUUUGGUCCAUUACUAGGAAAUUAUUUAAAAUUUUGAGUAAAAGCUCUGCUUACAAAAGUUUACUUAAUUCUUGUGUUUGAGCGAAAACUAAAGAAGCCCGGGGCUCAAUUGAUUUCAACGUAUACAAACGUAGCACACUUGGUAUUUGUGAUUUAAAAGUUCUCUCUUUUUAUUUUCAGUUAGAAAUGUUUGUAUUCAUUAACCUUCAAGCUGCUACUUAACUCAUAGCCCAUGACAUUUGUGUAUAUUUAGAUUUUACUUUUUUUUAUUUUGCAUCGAGGAAAAUAAUCAAUUUUCUCUUAAAUUUUGUUACUGAUGUACAAAAACAGAACUCAUGGACAUUCAAUUCAAAAUAUGGCUAAUGAAAGACAGGUUAGGUUUGAGCUUUACGACGUGAAAUGAUUUAUUACUGCGUGCUAACUACUAACGAAAGCAAUAUGUAAAGAUUGUAAACAGACAAUGCCCUCAAUUGAACAGGAAACAAUGUCAGUAAACAAAACUCACUCAGCGAGAGUUCACCAUAAUGGUAACAGUUGUGCUCUUCCUUUUUCAUCGACCACUCAAACAUCCACAGGAUCAUUAAGAAGCAACGUGACCAAAGCGCCUCUGCCGCACGCAGACUCGAACCCUAGACGCCUUCCUAAGCGAACUGCUUCACUCAGUAGACAGAGGUCACUGACCGAAAUAGCUGCAGAAACAGCUGCUACAGUCAUUGGGCCAGAGCAAGCUGCAGUGCUGAACAACUCAAGCAGUCAGGCGGUCGAAUUUCUGAGCGGCAAGCUAUCAAACGCUCUCUCGUUUUUAACCUCAAACGUACCAAGUCAAGUUCCCAAACAUCAAAUUGGAAAUGCCCGCGGCUCGUUUUCAAGCAGUAACCCGAACUUAGCAUUUACCGAAAUUUCUCCGUCGCCUUUUCACAGAACACUGACUAAAAUGACCUCCAAUCGCAUAUCAGAUCCUGAAAGAGAAUCUUCCAAAAUUGAGCUUGAAUUCCAAAGAGAUUCUUUCGCAGAUUUCAAAGGUCGUUCGCUGAUAGAUCAGUGCAUGUCGCCAUACCCUCUAAGUAACACAGAUAACGGCGCUGAAAACGAUGAAAAUAUUUACGAGAACAAAGAAAAGCUAUCUGAAAAUCCUCAAUCGAAUUCCUCGAUUGAAGCUGCCUUAAUGAACGGAUGCUCAAUCGAAGCAUCAAUACCGAACAGUUCAGUCGACUCGGACUCAAUGAAAUCGAACAAUGUGGAUCAUUUUGGGAAGCCGAAUGGCCAGCAGUCACAUCAUAGGAUGUCAGAAUCUAAAAGGAAUUCAACGAUUGAGUUGAAGAGCGAGAAUGAGCUGCUGAGAAGAGAGGUAGAGCGACAGAAGAAUCAGAUAUCUACACUAGAAGCGACCCUUUGUGAACUGCAGAGCAAGAAUGCUAAGUUGGAAGAGAUUGUAGUGGCCCUGCAGAGAUCUGCAGUGAAUCAUAAUGGUGACAAUCAGAGCGAACAAUCACUUCCAAUUUCAACACCCAGCAAUGAAGCCAAUGAAGACAACGUUCUAAGCAACUCAUCAGAAUUCCCGAACAAAAAUAACUCUCCACUUAGUGUCAGUAUUGGGAGCAAUAACUCCGGCAACAAACAGCCACCAAAAUUGUCUCCAAAUGGCAGGACAGGGUAUCACCACCAAAAGUCUUUCUCAGACGUCCAGUUCUACUACCCAGCGUCAGCCCAAGUGGCCGCAGUGUCGCACCCAGCCCGAAUUCCUAGUGAGAGCGAAGAAAACUACGAGGCUAUAUCCCACGAGUAUUCUUCGAUUACUCACUUUGAUAAUUCCACAAAUGCAUCUGAGGCGAUCGGAAGAAACCCAAUUGCCAAUGUGUUCCCAAGAACGCCGGAUGCUAAUAGUAGACAGGCAAUGCGAUUCGGGGGUUCAUCGUCUAAGAUUACGAGGACAGGGUCUUACAGUGAGAAGCGCCAUUUUACCGUCAACCCAAGUGGCAGUCCAAUGGGAACUUCGUUAGACUGUGAGGAGAAUCAAUACAACAGUGUUCCAGAUCUCCUUGAGAAAAGCUCGCUCGGCGACAGUCUGCUUUCAACAAAUGCGCCGAUGUCCAAAACCGAAUCAAAAAUGACCUCGCGAAACAUGGUGCGAAUGUUGAACAAUGCAAGAAACAACGGAGGAAGUGAUGGAUUUAGCAGUGAUGCGAAUCCUAGCUUGAGCGAUAAUUCUCCCAUUGAGUUUGGAGACUCCCCUAGGCCAGAACAGUUUAUGCGAGGAGGUGCAACUAGAAGCACGGCUGGACCGCGCAUGAUGCUGAACCCGCGGGGUCAAAUGACAAGUCCCAUGUCACCGCUGGCUAACGGAGGAUCGGAUGUGCCAUUCAAAAAUUGGGACUCGGAAAAGAUUGGAUUCUGGAUGGCAAAAAUGGGACUGGGAAAAUACGCGUCAUAUAUUAACUCUCACCGGGUAACGGGUGAGAAGUUGGCGAAGAUGACGCCCAAUGAGAUUGAAAAGAAUCUUCGAGUGAAAAACAGUCUGCACAGAAAAAAACUUCUUCUUGCUGUCCGAGCUCAACUCGUUGGCAACUGGAAUGACUUUGUCGACAUGUCUACCCAGUGGGUGGCCAGAUGGCUGGAUGACAUUGGGCUGCCUCAAUACAAGGACUCAUUCGUCGAGGCUUGCGUGGACGGAAGGGUGCUUCACUACUUCACUUUCGAAGACUUCGCUCACGUCAAGGUCUUCUCAGCGAUUCACCAGAUUGGAAUUGGUCGUGCUAUCCAGUACCUUCGUAUCCAGGGUUGGGUCACGGACACUUUUAUAAGGAGAUCCUCUCAUCCGGGCGAGGGAGGUACCUCCCUAUUGCACUGGUCCAACCACCGUGUGAUGGAAUGGUUGCGAUCUAUCGACCUCAGUGAAUAUGCGCCCAAUUUGAGGGGAAGUGGGGUUCACGGAGCACUCAUGUGUUUAGAGCCAAGAUUUACAGCUGACACUCUGGCAGACCUUCUCCACAUUCCAGUGAGCAAGACACUUUUGAGAAGACACCUCAUCCAUCACUUCGACGUCCUCAUAGGACCGAACUGCAAGGAACACAAGAGACUGAUUGAGAGCUCUCCUUACUACCAACCGCUCAACAUUCACUACAAGGUGAAGCCGAACAAGACCAGAUUCAAAAUACCUCUGACAACUUCAUCGAGCAAGUCUCAGAACAAAUCGACAGUUACAGUAGGCAGCGUGGAUGACCUAGUGUGUCCUUUGGAAUUCGAAGUACCCUCGCACAUUCCCAGUGAAGUUCUUCCUUUCGGAUAUGUAAUUACUAGCCGAGACUUCUCGCGCUCCUCCCCGCAGAUGAUUCCGACGCCAUCCAGCGAGUUAAACUGAGCAUCGAAGGCGAAGAAGACGCUAUUCAAAAUAGAUACUUGUGCUUGAUUUUGUUUCUGCGCUGAUUAGCUUUGUUAAAAAUGCAGCUGAUCUGGAAAUGUUAAAAAAUAGUUACUGUCAACUCAAUUUCCACAAUCAAU